CCCCGUUGGACCCAUAUGGCUCUUUUAUUAUAUAGAUAUAUUUAUAUACAGAUCAUUAACUAUCAAGUCUCCAAGACUUAACCAUAUAUAUUCUCUUAUCAUCUCUGUGUAAGCAAAUGGCAAUACCUUCACUACUCUCAGCAGUCUCAAGAAGGUUAGAAGGUAAGGUAGCUUUGAUCACCGGAGGAGCCAGUGGGCUAGGCCAAAAAACGGCUGAAGUCUUUGCCCACCAUGGAGCCAAACUAGUCAUAGCCGAUGUCCAAGACGAGCUAGGCUAUUUCGUUUGCCAAUCUAUAGCAAGCAACACGACCCAAAACGACGUCACUUACGUCCACUGCGACGUAACCGACGAAUCUCAAGUCAAAGCGGCUGUGGAAAGAGCCAUCAAGUCCUAUGGAAAGUUAGACGUAAUGAUCAACAACGCCGGCACAGGUGACGAAUACAAGCCUCGUAUCAUCGAUAACCACAAGGCCGAUUUUGAGCGGGUGCUGAGUGUGAACGUCACAGGCGUCUUCCUUGGAAUUAAACACGCUGCCCAUGCCAUGAUAUCGGCCAAAGGUGGCGGCAGCAUCAUAUCGACUGGUAGUGUCAGUUCAUGCUUAGGCGGCACGGCCUCGCACGCCUACACGUGCUCCAAGCAUGCGGUAGUUGGGCUGACGAGGAAUGCCGCCGUGGAGUUGGGACAGUUCGGAAUAAGGGUCAAUUGCGUGUCACCGUACGGGGUUGCGACGCCGAAGAUUAAGAAUUAUUUGGGGCUUAGUGAGGAGGGGGUUGAGAGUAUGUUCGGCGCAGUGGCGAACUUAAAGCAUGUGACGCUUAAGGCAGAGGAUAUUGCGAAUGCGGCUCUAUUUUUAGCGAGUGAGGAGGGACGGUACGUGAGUGGACUUAAUCUCAUCGUUGAUGGAGGUUUUAGUGUUGUUAAUCCUUCUUUUACAAUGUUUCAGUACCCUGAUAAUUAGGCUUAACUACUAAUUAUAAUCAGAGUAAUGAUUAAGAUGCUCUUUUUACAAA